CUGCUGGCUGAACAUUGGAGUUACGGCGGCUUUUACGCACGGCUGUUGGCUGCACACAGCUGUUUUCUACUUGGAGAUAAGGGAUUGGCUUUCCCCCCCCUGUGAACCACAUAUGAUGGCUUCUUUCACAAUGUUGAGGCCGGUGUCGACGCAUCCCUUCUCUUACACCACUGACCUGACCUUGGUGUCGGACGACGAGGAGGGGAACCGCAGCGAGAGCGACGGCAGCACCGACCAGGGCUACGGCUGCUGCGGGACUCCGGGGGAGAAUUACCGACAGGAGUCCGGCGGCGUGGUGCGGCAGCGGAACGCCGCCAACGCCAGGGAGAGAUACCGAACCCAGAACGUCAACACGGCCUUCACGGCGCUUCGGACACUCAUCCCCACGGAACCGGUGGACAGAAAACUCUCCAAAAUCGAGACGCUGCGCCUGGCGUCCAGCUAUAUCGCUCACUUGGCCAACGUGCUUGUGGUCGGAGACGGGAGAGAGGACGGCCAGCCGUGCCUUAGUGCAGUCUACAAGGAGGUGAAGGGCAGUGGAGGAGGCAAACCGCCCCGGACUAUCUGCACAUUCUGCCUCAGCAACCAACGGAAAGGGGUAAAAUAUUUGGUGAAAGACAGACGAGACUGUGUGAAAAUGCAUGGAAGCAGUGUGAGACAAAUAAGUCGGCGAUGAAACUGUCUGACUUGAAGUAGGGUUGGAUCUACUCCUCAGAGCAGCCCUCCAUCGACCAUUCCUGGAGUCUAGAAGCAUCUCAGAACCACAACAGUCUUUGAGGACAACUCGGAUUUUUUGGGAGUUUGGCUCAUUACCACUUUACCCAAUAUGAGAAAAGAGGAUUGGCACCAAAACCAUUUGUGUGUCACCAGCAGAUCCAGUAACUCUUUCCAGUGAAUGAACUAAUCUCAUAGGGCAAUAUUGUAAAAGUGAGAACAUCUGAGCGUAAAGCUGCGAUAUGCUCAGGGAUGUUCUUUUCAUUUUAAUGACAAACCUGUCAGACAUGUUAAGGGGAUUGGUAAAGUAGACAUACAGGGACAUUUUACAUGAGGAAUGAUCUUUCGGGAGCAGAAUAUAUCUUGGCCUGAGUCUCUAAGCAUAAUGUGCUUACUUAAACAGGAAGCACAUCAGGCAGGUGUUUACAUUGUUUAUUUGGACUUUACCAAUAAUGAACGGUCAUACAAUAGGCUAUACAACGUUAUCCGCUCUGGAUUACUGAAAGGUUUAUAAAUCAUGAAGCAGUAUGAAUAAUGCUAAUCACACAUUAUUACUUAAAGGCACAAUCCAUAAUCCAAAUGCAAAUACAAUUUCAACCAGCUAUCACUUUCAUACAACCUUGAAGUUCUUCAAUUUGUGAAUCGAUAACAGAUGAUGAUUAAAUCUAUAUGCUAUCCAAGUUUUAUGAUGCUGGUAAAGGUUUAUUUACAAAAAUAAUGUAAUGUGUUUAGCCUACAAGCUGUAGGCUAAAAGUCACAAACAGACUUGUAGCCUACAGCCGAGCAGUUUCAGGAAUGAUGUGGGACAGACAGACCACGCGUGUGAAGUGUGCAACAGGUGGUAUCUGUGGGACACUAUUUUGUUUGCUUUUUGUUACAUGUUGUAAUCUACUUUGAA